AUGCCGAAGCGUCACCGCCAACCGGAGCCGAUUGACAUCGACAGCACGGCUCACCACCGGAGCAACCAAGAGCAUGGCGGCAUAGGAUCGCGUAGCAGUGAUGCAAACCUGAACUCGAUGGCUCUGCGGACCUCAUCCACUUCUGCCGCUUCAGCUACUGCUGCUAUUCAGCGAGCCGAGCCUGCUUACUCUCCAGUUGAGGUGAGGCUGGGCGAGAAGACCUGCAAGAGAGCCACGGACUUCCCUGCCACGUCCGAGUUGUUAGUGCGACACCACCGACGACUCAAGGCGCACACUGAGCUUCGCUACCUUUCAUCCGACAAGUUCGGUCAGCCUGUCAACGGUGACGACAGUGCAGUAGAGGCGCCACCGAGCUCACACCCGAGGCGCCGUGCGCUAGUGCCGGGUACGGUUUCCUUCCCAUCUCUUCCAGAUCGCCCUUCUUCACCUGCAUCAGAAGGCGCCGAUCUUGUAAGUCGCGAUGACGAGAAAGAUGAUGGCAUCGACUUCAGUUCCAGCGACUACGUGGGGGGUGACGGUAGCCAACCUAGCAGUGGUGACUCUGCGCUUGAUGGUGGAAGCAAGGGCGACAGCGCUGUGGGGGAAAAAGGGACGGAGCGGCAUCAGCUACGGAAGUCCGUGGCUGCUGCCGCUGUUGCUGCCCAGCGACGCCAGAAGGUAUGCGACGGCGAUGAAGACAGCAGCGAUGAAAGUGACGACAGUGGCGGGGAAGAUGAGGUGCUCGACGAUAGCAGUCCGCUGGGCAGCAGCGGCGAUGAUGUGGGGAACUCCUCUGAUAUGGAUGUGGAGAGUGAGUCGGACAGUGACAUGUCGGACUUUGACAGGGAGCAGGGUAGCCAUGAGGAGAGCGGGGAGGAAGACGACAACUCGACUGGUGGUGUUUGGGGCACGAGCCGUCGCGGCGGUGCCGUUGGGCCGGGCAGCAACGAAUAUGACGACGACGAUGACAGCGACGAUGGUCUCGUGACUGUUGACUUUGGCGUGUUUGACAUGAAAGCGUCGGACGUCGAUGGCCUUCUCCACCUGAUGGACCAGCUCUGCCCCGACAAAAUGAACGAGGUGGACCGUGAUGAGCUGGGGUUGGCGUUGCGCGAGAGUCCCUUCACCAGCGUCGUGCGUUUGCAGAACAACGGCGAAGACGCCACCGGGGAGGAGGAGCAAGAGUUCUAUGGCCUCUCCUCUGUGCUGGACGUCGCGCACGGGCUGACGCUCUACCCCGCGGCGCUGCGUCCGCUCUGCGAGCUGUUGCAGCAGCGCGUGUGGCGGCAGGCGGCCUCGGGUAUUCCGCCAACAGACAUCUUGACGAGCGUCGUGGACGGCGGCCGCGUCGCGUCGUCGCGCGCCAAGUGCCUUCUGCUCGUUUCCGAAUACAUCCGCAACGUCCCGCUAGAGCUGACCGUGCAGAUUCUCGAGGAUGUACUUGAUCGCCUAGAUGCUGCCGGCCAACGGGAGGGAAAGAAGAGCUCGGUGCAGACGGCCGAGGAGGCCAUGGCUACACACGAGCAUCCCAUCUUCGCUGCCCACCCAAGCAUGUUUGCUGUUCUGGCGAAGGUGCAGCGUGCUACCGAUGCGCCGGUGACACUGCCGAAGCAUGCCGUGCCUCUCUUACCUGGCCACGGCGCUGGAGGGGCUGGUAGCGGUGACAACGUAGCCGCCGCAGUCCACCGGAAGGAUCACAACGGUAGAAGCCGCAACACGAAAAAGAGGAGUGAGGGUGCUGGUGCAGGUGGCCGCAGCAGUGCGAUGGGUGCCCCUGAGUCCCCACUAGACCUUAGGCACUACAUCUUCUGGCGCGAAGAGGACAGCAUUCUCUACGAGUUCCGCGACAAGCGAGUUGCUGCACUCGUCUAUCGCUGCCGCUCACAGUACGACGGCCAGCCGGAGCACGAAAUACCGCUUUCCAUCCUCUUCGUGCUUCAGUACGGUGCUGCGCGGCAGGCGGUGGACGAGAUGCGCCGGCGACAAACAGUCAACGCAGCAGUGGAGCGAUACUGA